AUGGCUCUGCUGCUCGCCUGGGCGUGUGUGGCUGUGAGCGUGAGGACGGCGCUGGGGGACCAGGGCGACGGGGCGGACCUCUACUCGGAAAACAUCACUCGGAUCCUCGACAAGUUGUUGGACGGCUACGACAACAGGCUCCGACCGGGAUUUGGAGGCGCCGUGACAGAAGUCAAGACGGACAUCUACGUGACCAGCUUCGGGCCGGUGUCCGACGUGGAGAUGGAAUACACAAUGGAUGUCUUCUUUCGUCAGACGUGGACUGAUGAGAGGCUGAAGUUUAGUGGGCCAACAGAAAUUUUGAGACUGAACAAUUUAAUGGUCAGUAAAAUUUGGACACCAGACACAUUUUUUAGAAAUGGAAAAAAAUCAAUUGCUCACAAUAUGACAACUCCUAACAAACUUUUCAGAAUUAUGCAGAAUGGAACUAUUCUUUACACUAUGAGACUAACCAUUAAUGCUGACUGUCCUAUGCGCUUGGUGAACUUCCCAAUGGAUGGACAUGCUUGUCCACUGAAAUUUGGAAGCUAUGCUUAUCCAAAAAGUGAAAUAAUUUAUACUUGGAAAAAAGGACCACUGCAUUCAGUAGAAGUACCACAGGAAUCUUCCAGUCUUCUCCAGUAUGACCUCAUAGGACAAACUGUAUCUAGUGAAACAAUUAAAUCUAACACAGGUGAAUAUGUAAUCAUGACAGUUUAUUUCCACUUGCAAAGGAAGAUGGGCUACUUCAUGAUACAGAUAUACACUCCUUGCAUUAUGACAGUCAUUCUUUCUCAGGUGUCUUUCUGGAUUAACAAGGAGUCUGUUCCAGCCAGGACAGUUUUUGGAAUCACCACAGUCCUCACAAUGACCACUUUAAGCAUCAGCGCUCGCCAUUCUCUGCCCAAGGUGUCCUAUGCCACCGCCAUGGACUGGUUCAUAGCCGUGUGCUUUGCCUUUGUCUUCUCUGCACUUAUUGAGUUUGCAGCUGUCAACUACUUCACCAAUCUCCAGGCUCAGAGAGCAAUGAGGAAGGCAGCCAGGGCAGCAGCACUGGCAGCAGCACUAUCAGCAGCAACUGUACCGGCAGAGGACGAGAUUGUCUCGCAUUCUGACUCCAAUUCUAACCUGAAGAAGCGAGUGAACUCCAUAGCAUCUCAGACAGAGCAGUCUCCUGAAGCCAGCAUAAUAUCAAACACUGCAUCCCAGUGUCAGCCUCUGCCUGCUCCUCCACCAGCCCCACCACAGCCACCAGCUAUUGGAGGUGCAAGUAAAAUAGACCAGUAUUCCAGGAUCCUCUUUCCAGUGGCAUUUGCAGGAUUCAACCUGGUGUACUGGGUUGUUUAUCUUUCAAAAGACACUAUGGAAUUUUUUGAACCUUCGGCGAUGCAUUUUCGAAAUGAACCUCAGUCCAACUGAAGAACAGCUUGGGAUUUCAAGCAAAUCACUCAAGGUCACAGAGGAUUGAAGACACUUCAAAGGAUUUGUCUGUCCACAGGUGAUCUCAGUUUUCAAACAGGGAAUAUUUUUAUUAGCCGUUACCUGGAUGCAAACUCUGGACAAAUCAAGA